UCAAACCGUCAAACGAAUAUUUCUGCCCCGGCUCGUAACGUCAACAGCGACCGUUGACGAGCGCUUGACGGUGCAGCUUAGCCUGAAGUCCAGCGUAGCUCCACGUUACGGUUUUGCAGGCGGUUUAUGAACAGCAGGUGCACGGGAACACCACCGCACCUGCCGCUACAGGCUGAGUCACUGCUGGUGAGGAGGAAGGUCUGGAGAGGGAACGAGAGAGGAGGAGGAGGAGGUGGAGGAGGAGGGGGAGAAGAAGAAGAAGGGAGGGAGGCAGGGAGAUAAGCCACAACAGGAAGCAAAACGACACACACACACGUACACAACCACAGCGCGUGCUUGUGUGUGUGUCUGAGAAAGAGACUGCGCGAACGAGAGGGUGAACGGGAAAGGAAGGGAGGGAGAGUGACGCGGAGGCUGGGAGAGCCUGCCCCCCCCCCCCCCCCCCCCCACCUCCUCUCCCUCUCUUUCUCUCCUCUCCUUCUCUCCUCCCCUCCUCCCUCUCUCUCUCUCUGUGGAGCAGGCGUGUAGCGGCAUCAGACUCGGCGUGAAGGAACCAUGAGCGAUGUCACCAUCGUUAGAGAGGGAUGGCUCCAGAAACGGGGUGAAUACAUAAAGAACUGGCGACCAAGGUACUUCCUGUUGAAGACAGACGGCUCCUUCAUCGGCUACAAAGAAAAACCUCAGGAUGCAGACCUGCCCUACCCCCUAAAUAACUUUUCUGUAGCAAAAUGUCAGCUGAUGAAGACGGAGAGGCCGAAGCCAAACACCUUCAUCAUACGCUGCCUCCAGUGGACCACAGUCAUCGAGAGGACCUUCCACGUGGACACGCCUGAUGAGAGAGAUGAGUGGACAGAGGCCAUCCAGAUGGUGGCUGACAAGCUGCAGAGACAAGAGGAGGAAAGGAUCCAGUGCAGCCCCACCUCCAACAUCGACAACAUGGUCGAAGAGGAGAUGGACAUCUCCACCACACACCACAAACGCAAGACAAUGAGUGACUUCGACUACCUGAAGCUGCUAGGAAAGGGAACCUUUGGCAAAGUGAUUCUUGUCCGAGAAAAGGCCAGCGGGAAAUAUUAUGCCAUGAAAAUCCUUAAAAAAGAAGUCAUCAUCGCCAAGGAUGAAGUGGCUCACACACUCACAGAGAGCAGAGUACUGAAAAACACCAGGCACCCCUUUCUCACUUCACUGAAGUAUUCAUUCCAGACUAAAGACCGCCUCUGUUUCGUCAUGGAGUAUGUGAAUGGAGGAGAGCUGUUUUUCCAUUUGUCCAGAGAGCGGGUGUUCUCGGAGGAGCGCACGCGCUUCUACGGCGCUGAGAUCGUCUCAGCUCUCGACUACCUGCAUUCAGCCAAGAUUGUGUACCGGGACCUCAAGUUGGAAAACCUGAUGCUGGAUAAAGAUGGCCACAUCAAGAUUACGGAUUUUGGCCUCUGCAAGGAGGGCAUCACAGAUGCUGCUACCAUGAAGACCUUCUGUGGCACUCCAGAGUACCUUGCACCUGAGGUCCUGGAGGACAACGACUAUGGUCGGGCGGUGGACUGGUGGGGUUUGGGUGUAGUGACGUACGAGAUGAUGUGCGGCCGACUGCCGUUCUACAACCAGGACCACGAGAAGCUGUUUGAGCUCAUCCUCAUGGAGGACAUCAAGUUCCCGCGCACCCUGUCAGCCGACGCCAAGUCCCUGCUGUCCGGUCUUCUCAUCAAAGACCCCAACAAACGGCUUGGUGGAGGACCAGAUGAUGCUAAAGAAAUAAUGAGACACAGUUUCUUCUCUGGCAUUGACUGGCAGGAUGUUUAUGAUAAAAAGCUGGUCCCUCCCUUCAAGCCACAGGUGACGUCAGAGACAGACACCAGAUACUUUGACGAGGAGUUCACAGCCCAGACCAUCACAAUCACUCCACCAGAGAAAUUUGACGAGGACGGGAUGGACUGUCUGGACAACGAGAGAAGACCGCAUUUCCCACAGUUCUCCUACUCGGCCAGUGGGCGGGAAUGAACGGUCCAUCACGGUGACACCAUCACAGCUGGUCUCUGAGGUCAUCAGUGUGGGACAAAAAGACCCACAGCUUUGGACAGACCCAGAACAACAGUGACUUGAAGGAUUUUACCUUCCUCCUCUUCCUCCUCCUCCUCUCUUUUUCACCUCUCCAGUGUGCUUCUCUAUUUAUUUAUUUAUUUUUGUGAAUCCCUUUUUAGAAAGAACUUCAAGGCAAAAUUACCCUCUAAUCCUGCACUGCAUCCCCAGGUGAUCCAAGCUGUGAUGUGAUCAGUUACUGUGUAAUGUCCCUUUAAUGACAGGAGCAUCACCGGUGGCCUGCUGUGCUUUGACAUGUGUCGGUCCUGCCAAACUCCAAAAACAAAUACUUCUGACCAAGUUAGACAACAGCUGAUGCAUUUUUCUGGCUUCUUAUCUGUACAAGGGAGACAGUGUUUUAAGUCAUUCAAACCCAAACUGCCGUUACCGGUUGUAUCUCAGGCUUUUCGCAAACAGAUACUCAGACUCAGCGAGACACUCGCGUCUGAUUUCAGAUCCUCACAUAAAUAAUUCUGGGAUUGAUUGAAGCUGCCUGGCAUUGAGGAAACAGUCGUCAUCAGUGAGCAGAAUCCUACACACCUCAUGUUGUCGAGCAGGAUUUGACUCAGGUUUUGCUCAGUGCAAUUCAUUAUUACUGUUGCUGCUAUUUCAACUACUACCACAACUACUGCAGGUGCAAUACCGGUCAAAGGUUUUAGUACACCCCCAUUUUUCCAGUUUUUAUUGAGGUUAUAGCAAUUCAAGUCCAGUGAAUGACCUUAAAAGGUACAAAUGUAAAGUACAUUUCAUAGAAAACAGUGAUUAAGAAUUGGCUAACUUACAUCCUGCCUGCAGAAAUGGAAGAAAUUGAAGCUGGGUAACAAAGGAAUACAGACUGGUUGGUCAGGACUUCAUCCUACUGCCAGAUAAUGGCUCAAAACAUAAAAGAACCAGGCCAGGACAUCUCAUUUCUAUUGCAGAUGAAAACCUAUGUUUGGCUGCUGAACAAGUCAAAAAAAACACUGAGACCUUACACUAAGUAAAUUUCAGUAACAACAGGAUAACUGGAGUUGUUGUAAAACUUUUGACCAGUAGCGUACCUCUGCUCCUUCUACUAUUCUAUGAAAACCCGGUGCUACACUAGCUUAAUGCUGCAGGUCAUUAUACAGGCGCCAGCAACACAUCAACCACCUGUAUUAACGUCUAUGCUUGUACAGCUGCAGAGCAGGUGUUGUUAUUACUCCUAAUGUACAGCUACACAUAAACUCUGUAGAUUAAGAUGAUGAUAGGAUGUCAUGUUUGUGAGUGUGACAGUGCGUGUGUGUGUGAGUGUGUGUGUGUGCAAGGUACUAUUAUAGGUUUGUGUUUAAGGUCACACCUCAAAGCACAGCAGUUCAGAAGGCUGGAGCUCCCAAACCGUGAGCUUUACUCCAUUACCCACAAUGCAGUGCAAGGUGGUUAAAAUGUCGUUCGCCGCAGAGGUGAAAAAUGAGAGGAAAAUGGCUGGUUUGAAUGUCUCCCUCCCCACCCCCCUAAAAAAAGUAUUUAUUUUAUUCUCAACUGCAAGUCCCCACUGAGUUUCAGUCUCCUCUGUCACAAAAGGGAAAACAAAACCGAAACGGUACUUUGCGUCAAUGAUGGAAAGCUUUACUGUGACAUAUUGUUAUCAUGGCUUUGGGAACCACACGGCUGUACCUCUCUGUCUUUGUGCAGGAAAGGGAAACUGCAGCAGGAACAGAUUCACCACAGAGUGACAAGAGAAGUCCAGGAUGGCAGGUUGGGGCAUUGUGAUGAGAAGAGAGAGAGUGUGCAGGUGAAAAGCUCCAAGAAUGAUACGAUAUGAAAUAUUUAUAAUGUGAUAAUUUAUGACGUAUUGAUGAGGUAACAGCUAAUCUCCUGUCAGUUUCUGAGGAGGUAUGCAUCAACAGUUAUGGGUUUACACCAACCACAGCAAUGGCUAUAAUAUAUAUAUGUUCUAUUUAUUGUUCUACUCAUCGGUUUUAUAUUUAACUUUUUCUAUUGUUAUUACAUUAUUCUAGGAAAAAAAUAUUGUUAUUUCUUAGGGCUGAGAGGAAAAAAAAGGCACCUCAAGAAACAAAAAUGGCUGAAGAAUGUAGGAGGGAAAGCAGAUAGCCUUCCUGCUCCAUUGUUUAUUUAAUGAUGUUUUUGUGUUGUUUUGUGACCAAAAUGUGACAGGACACAUUAAGGACAGAUGAAAGUUUACAGUGAGCUUUAUGAAGAUUUUUUUUAAAAAUGGAAAAGGAAAGUAAUUUAUUUUUUCUAAUCACCUUUUCCUCUCCAACUUUAUCCAAAUCAUCCCACAGGUUAGAUAUUUACUAUAAAAGCUCAUCUCACCUGAUUGGAUAUUGACACAAAUGUCCCCCACAUUUAAUCUUACCACAGGUGUGUUUUGGUGAGGGCUGAAGCAGUGUUCAGAGAGAAAGACGAAGUGAGCAGAAAGAAAACAAGAUGUCUGAAUGUAAAGCAUUAAGAGCGGGAAAAGGUUUAAUAAUAAACUGUAAGUGUUUUGAGAUAGACUAGAGAAGGAAGUGGAAUGAGAAUGUUUGGGUAUGAGAUGUGAGUUUGUAAGUUCAGUCUGUGUUUCUGUCAGUUCCUUGUUAGAUGAGACCCUCAUCUGUCUUUAACAUGUCCUGUCAUUUCUCUGGUCUGGACUCUGUUUUGUUUGCGGUUGUUCUGUCGUCACGUCUUCCAGUCUGACCAACAAGAUUUAACAUCCCCUCACUUUCUCUGUCUUCAAACGCCGGGUAAGCCUUAUGGUUUAGCUCAGAAUAAGUCAAAAACGUUGAUAUCCAGCACUUCAGAGUCAAACAAAAAAAAAAUCAUCAGAUGUGAGGAAAUAUAUUUUUAAAAAUUUGAAAUCUCAGAAACAUCAUGUGGAAGACCAUCAAUACCUGGAUGACAUGGUUUAAAAAGGAGAGCACCAGUGGAUGUGCUCUUAUCAGGCAUAGAAAACUGUAUUCCAAUAUAUUUAUUUGAAUGUUUUUAUUAUUAUCAUUGAUGGAUAACUUGAAUUUCUUUUCUAUUUAAUUUAUUUGAUGUCAUUUUGUUUAGCGGUAAGGGGGUGUAGUUGUGUUUCACUGCAGUUUAAGUCUUCAGAGACUUUGUUCUUAAAUAAAUGCCUCCUUUUUUUUUCUUUACAGAUAUCUCUUAUAAGACACAUUACCUGUUUUUUCCGCUGCUCUUAAGUCCGUAUGCUUUACUCUUGCACAUCCAUUAAAUUGCUAUUAGCUAGCAAAGGCGCUUUAUGGCAGAAAAUAUAAAAGGAUGGCGCUGGCCUGCAUGCUGUAGUCCUCCUCUGUCCGCUACUACUAGUCCUGAGUCAAAGUGGCACUCAGAACUCUUAUGAAAAAUACUUCUCUGUGAUCGAUUGAGCCUGUCUGGCACAGCUGAAGCAGCCUAAUAGUUCAAAAUCAGUACAAAUCCCACCCAGCUGGCAGCCUCGACAGGCUCGAGCAAACGCUCCCAAGUAUUUGGAAGGAUUUCAGCUUUGAUUUGACCCAGGUCCGCAAGCAACUGAGGAGUUCUAGCUGUAUGUGCACGCUUAACGCCAAAAUCAUUAGACACCAGAGUUCAUAAAAUACUGCUUUGUAGCUUUGGCCACAGCACUUUCACAUCCAUCACUUUUUAUAUGAUUCAGAGGAAUCUGAUUCAGCUCUGCUUUAAAAGGAAGAUUUUUAGCUUCUUUUUUUAAAAAAUGUUUUUAAGAAAAUGAGGAUUUUUAAAGCACAUCUCCCCACCACAUACAACCGAUAGCUUUGAUGUUGCUCGGAUGCCUAGAGUUGGCAAGACCUGGGUGAUUGUGUCCCACAUGCCAGAGAUGAGUCAGUGCUGUCCCUGCAGAGUGGGCUGUGAAUGAGGCUCAGGGGGAAUUGUCAGGAAGUUGGUCAGUGUUUAUACAGUAAAAUGUUUCGAAAAAUCCAGUGAGCAGUCACCGCAGCUCAACUGAUGCCACUGACUCCUUACUCUCUUGCAUUUGGAAAAGUUUUGCCUCUAUUGAUCCUCCAACUCUCCUCAUUCAGUCCUCCACAGAUUCAAGUUCAUUUAGUGGCAGCAACAAUGGCAGAGGCUGAUUCCAAGGUCAGAGACCAAAAAAAGAAAAGAAAAAGUGGAGAUGGUGGAGCUUAGUAAUCCUCUUCAUCGAUGUGGGUGUUCCCUUAAAGACUAUGAACCCAGUGUGGGCACGUGUCAGUAAUUUAACUUUGUCUCAGUUGUUAUCACCAAACAGAGGUUCUUAAACUGGAUGCAGAAAUUCAGUUUCAGCUUCCUCACAGCUUUACUGGUGCCCUCGACUGGUGUGAAUCAACAUCGAUAUCUGACGCUGUGCUGACAGCGUUCACUCUUAAAGCUGCUGCUGUUUGUACUGUACAUCUAUCACACAACAGAUCUGACUCCAAGAGUAUUUGAAUAAUAUGUAAAAUCCUUUCAAAGACCUUAGCUGCUCUGUAUUGAUCUCGUCCGUUGUUAAUGAACCAACGGCGUCAGCCAAAAAUCACAAACUGCGCUCCGCCUGGCGUUUAAUGCAGAUAAUAAGUAAACGGCUCAAGUGUUUGGAAGGAUUUCUGAAAGUAUUUGACCUCAUGUCUGCGACAAAAUCCCUCCCCUCUCUUCUCUCUCUGGUACUAGUCUACUAUCAUCAUGGUUAUUAACAUGAACAAGCAUGAGAUGCAUUUAUUUAUAAACAGCAAACAAAAAACGGCAAACGUACAAAUAUUACAAAGUGUAACGGUUUUAAUUUCAUGUCCAUGUCCAUCUACUGUAGCUUUACAGUUGUGUGAGACAUUUCUGGACAGCUUCCAGCUGUUCGCAGAGCGGGCCAUGUUUCCCCCCGAAGCACUGUAAUACCGAAGUCAGCCCUGCUCUAUGACAAGUCAGUGGAGCAGAGAUGAUGUUGACUCUGAGACAGUGUUGGGAAACUCAGCAGAUCCAGAAAGAUUCACAGAAAAGCAGAUCAAACAGCCUUUUUCUGUCCCUCAUGCUGUCAGGAUGCAGUGCUGCUGGCCAGUGAGGCCGCGAGGAUGUGAAAACAACAAAUUACCAUCAACAUGAAGCUGUUUUUUACACUGUACAUCCUUAGUAUUUUUACACAUAAAAUGUAUAUGAUAGGGAUGCACAUUAUUUUCCUUCUUACAGACAGCUUCAAUAAAGCACUAUGUCAAUCUG